AUGCUCCAAAGGCAGCAUUUGCCCUUUAGAGACCAUGGCAUCUCCCAGGAUCCAUCGUCCCUCUUCUCUCCUAAAGUGGUGUUUUAUCUGGUACUAUGGUACUCAACUUCUUCCCUAACCAGCCAACUCACAAAGAAGAUCUUGACAGACUUUGACUUCCCCGUCCUUGUAGGUGAAGUCCAAUUCUCGGCAAACUUUAUAUUGGGGCUCUUGACCUUGACAGCUUGCAGACACUCUUCACUUUUGAGAAACUUCUUCCCCAAACACACAUUGCCUAAAUCGGGGAAAUUCCUUUUAUCGAAAUCCUAUUUUAAGAUCUUCUUACCAAUGGGAUCCUUCCAAUUUGUCGGUAAACUCUUCUCCCUAGCGGCAACGUCAAUCUCUACCGUGGCUACAGUCUCCUCAAUAAGGGCCCUCUCACCUCUCUUUAUUGUCCUCGGUUAUAGACUCCAUUGGAAAACGGCUUUUCCCUCUAAAGUUUACAUUUCACUAAUCCCAUUAUUACUUGGUGUCAUCAUAAUCGUUGUCUCACAAAGCACCCCAAACUUGCCGUCGUCUACGACUGUAACCGUCUACAAGGACCACAUCAACCAGAUAGACAAAAUAAACCAACUCAACACAAACCAUCAUGUAAUGGUGUCAGACGAUUCCUCCUUGUCAAAUCCUGAAACCGAUUUUGAAAAUUACAGGAUCUUAUCAAUAAUCUCAUCCAUUCUCUCUAAUAAUUCCCUGCAAUUUCAAGGUGUAUUCUAUGCCCUUUUAUCAACCGCCGUCUUUGCUGCAGGGUCCAUCUACGCAAAGUCCGUUAUCUCCGUGAAACCAGCUCCUCAUCAUCACCUACCUGAACCCCCUCAAACUCUUGGUCUUAAUCACUCAUACUCUCCAAAGGAUAAGACUCGCCCACCUAGCUUACUACUAUCGGCUACUGAAUCUUGCUCAAAUUUGUCCUUUCUCGACAUUGAGAAGAACCAACCCACCCCAACAGAGAAACACAAUUAUAGUAACCAACACACCCCAAAAGUGGACAAACUGACUACCCUCAUGUAUUGCUCCCUCUACGGAUUGGCUUAUUCAGUACCAACUUUCCUCACUUACGAAUUCCCAACACUCUUGUCCUCUAAAUUCUACCCCUCUCCGGAAAACUUGGAAUCCAUCCCCAUCCCCUACUAUUCUCUGAUACCUUGGAAACUCUUGCUCAUUAAUAGCAUCUCAUACUUCACCCAAUCCCUAUUGGCCUUCCAUCUCUUGGGGAUGUUGCCUACAGUCACUUACAGCAUUGCCAACAUGAUGAAGAGAAUCAUCGUCAUUGCUGUCAGCAUCGCAUUCAAGGGGAAAUCCCCAACAUUCCUGGAAUGGCUCGGCCUUUUGCACGUCUCACUGGGGUUGUACAUCUACGAAAAAAUGGGACGUUCAAAGAGGUAG